GUGCAUUAAUUUUAAUAUUGAUACAUUCUAUAACAAUUAUUCUAAACAGUUUUCAUCUUUCACUAUCCCAAAUAUCGUGUAAAAAAUAUUCUCUCUUUUAGUGGUAGUUCAUGGUAGUUAAUAUUACAGGCAAAGAAUGGAAAUGGAACCGUGAAUUUAUUUUGUUUAUAAUUUAUUUACAAAAAGAAACUGUGAUUAUUUAAGAAAUGGGGACACAGAAGCCUGGAGAAUGGGCGAAUUCGCUAAUAUCAAGGUUUGAGGAGCAGCUGCCAUACAAGACUGGCAAUCAGAACCUGCACUCCCGCAUCAAUGAGGAGCAGUGCAAAGCUUGCCUGGUGCAGAUUAGCCGCCAUCGGUUCUCGCUGGUGAUCGCUGGUCUCACCAAAAUACUGCAGCGAGUCAAUGAACUGUACCAACCCACAAUAUCGACGGGGCUGAACCGUCCUCAAACAGAACUGGAGAAAGGCUACCACGACAGCCUUGUGAUAGUACUGGAUACACUUGAGAUAUGUCUCAGCUCUCAGCCCAAGGACACCACCAAGUAUGAUGAAGCGAUGAAUGUGAAGAUACUGUUGAGGGAACUGGCACAGUUUAUCGACAUGCGCAAUGAGAACGUGGUGAACAACACGCUGCUUAGACAGUUGGCCAGUAAAGUACUGUUCGCGCUUAGCUUGAAUUUCUUCAAUGCGGUGUUCAACAGAAUCAGCGCCAGGCUACAGGAACUAUCGUCUAGCUCAGAAGAAAACCCCGAUUAUACAGACAUAGAGUUAAUUCAGUAUAUUAAUGUGGAUAUAUUGCGGCUUAUACGGCUACUUACAGAGUCUAUACAAAAGUUUAAGUUAUUAAGGAAAUCGGCACAUAUAGUACUUGUUUCGUCUUUGGAGAAAGCUAUAUGGAACUGGAUGGAUACUUAUCCCCAAGAAUUCGCGGAGGUGCAAUGUCGACCCAGCGACGAGCUGAGCAAGUGUUGCGACACGCUGUUCGACAUCCUGCAGGACAGCUUCUCGGACAACAAGAAGUCUAGAGUGGCCAUGUGGCCGUUACAGAUCAUGUUACUAGUUUUAAACCCCAAAGUUCUAGAGGAAAUAGUGAACGCAGACAGCGGGGCUCCGUGCAGCCCCAGGCAUACGAAGAAAAAACACUUCAUUGACUCCGUCAAGAGGGGACUUAGUCCCCAAAACAACUCUAAGCAAAUGACAGAAGCGGCCGUGGUGACAUGCGUCAAGCUGUGCAAGGCGUCAACAUAUUUGAACAUCGCCGACUCGGGAAACGUCACGUUUGUUCUAGUUAAAUCUGUUAUUAACGAUCUGAAGUCUCUCCUCUUCAACCCGUCGAAAUCCUACAUCCGCGGGAACCUGAUGUCAGGGUAUUCGGAACUAGACCUGAUGACCGACUGCUUCGUGUCUCUCUUCAGGAUAAUGCCUCACAACAACGACGCCCUCAAAGUGUGUCUCAACCUGAACACGCAUAUCUCUUAUCAUUAUGUGAUCGUCAACUCUUUGUUGAGAAUAAUAAAACAACCUCGCCUGCCGUGGUGGCCGCAGAUCGAGUUGCUGUACCCGCGCGCGGCGGAGCUCAGGGCUAUGUUCACUGACACGCUGAACAAAGCCACACAGGGUUACAUAGUGCACACUCCGCUCCGUAUGAUAUCACUGUCCCUGAGCAAGUCUAAAGAGGUCCAGUCCAAGUUCAACAAGUCUGAAGAAAUGCCGGCAUACAGAAACCUGCUACUUUGUAUGGUGAAGCUCAUACAUGCGGAUCCUAUGCUGAUGUUGAGUAACCCAGGGCGGUCGGGCGUGGAGGUGCAGUCGUCGACGACGGAGCUGACCAACGGGCUGGUGUCGCUGGUGCACCAGCCCGGCAUGGGCGACAUCUCGCAGCAGGCGCGCGACGCGCUGCUGGCGCUGCAUCGCCCCGACAGGGUCGCCAUGUGGAACCCCGACGCGCCGCUCAACACUUUCUGGGACAUCAGUUCUCAAGUCCUCUACAACAUAAGUCAGAAGUUGAUACAGCGUCAGAUCUGCAACUACCGCGAAGUGUUGCGCUGGCUUCGAGACAUCCUGACAUGUCGGAACGAGUUUCUCGCCAAGCACAAAGAGUACGCCAAUGUGGGCUCACAGAUACCUAUAUGCAAACAGGCGCAUAUUAAGUUAGAGGUGGUAUUUUUCAUGUGCCUCUGGUCUAUCGACACCGACGUGGUGCUAGUGGCCAUGUCGUGUUUCGCACUGCUCUGCCAGGAGGCCGAUAUACGAUGCGGCUCUGACGAAAUAACAACGCAGUGCCUGCUGCCCAACUACGCUGUGUUCCAGGAGAUAGCGCACACUUGCAGCGUGCUCACUACGGCCACGCAGGAUAUAGGUAGAGGAUGUUUUUACAAAAACAUACACAGUUCGGCAGCGCUGCAGAAGCGAAUAAUGGCGCUCCUUAGAAAGAUAGAACAUUGCGUCAACGGCGUGCAGCCGGUGUGGGAGGAAACUUUCCGAUGUUGGGAUUCCCUAUGCAAACUGCUCCAGAAAUACCCCAAAGGUCAGGGGGAGAAGCUUGACGACAGCCAGGUGGAGGCGCUCCACCGCGCCGUGGCCAAGAGGAGGGUGUCCCACCACACCAGCAGCGAACACGAUUUUGAGUUACAAAUACAAGAAUGGGCGAACAUAACAUCAUUCCUGUGCGCAUUGGGUGGCGUCUGUUUACAACGGCGGCCGGCGGCGCUGUGGCCGCACCUGCAUUCUCACGAUUCGCGAAAAUAUAACGUCCUGGCUAACAGUUCUCAAGAGGUGCAAUAUUGUCCGGUCACCCAGUUCAUAGGCCAACUCCUACGUCUGUUGCUCUGCGGCAACGAGCGCUUCGGCCAACAGAUACAAACGCACGUGAAGGAACUCGUCGGCCACGAGAUGUCGCCAGCAUUGUACCCGAUACUGUUCGAUCAGAUCAAGGCUAUCAUUGACAAGUUCUUUGAUCAACAACAGCAGGUGAUGCUAACAGACAUCAACACACAGUUCGUGGAGCACACGAUCUUCAUAAUGAAGAGUAUUCUGGACAACAAGAAAAGCGGACAGCCUUCUGAGCAUCUCAGCACCACGUCUAUUGAGGGACUCAUGCUGGCUAUCGUUAGAUACGUCCGCCAUCUUGACAUGACCGUGCUGUCGGUGCACAUCAAAACGAAGCUCUGUCAGGUCGUCGAAGCCAUGAUGAGGCGGCGUGACGAUUUGGCUUUCAGACAGGAAAUGAAAUUCCGCAACAAGAUGGUGGAGUACGUGACAGAUUGGGUCCUGGGCACCAGCCAUCAGAUCGCUCCGCCGCUGAGGGCCGACGCCUCGUCUAUCACCAGAUAUUUGGUAUGCUGUCGGGAAUUAGACCAAGCGUGUAUGGAGGCGGUAGCCGCUUUACUCAAGGGUCUGCCUCUGCAGCCUGAGGAGUCCGACAGGGGAGACCUGAUGGAAGCCAAAAGCCAGUUAUUUUUAAAGUAUUUCUCGCUGUUCAUGAACCUGCUGAACGAUUGUAACGAAGUGGAGGUGGCCGAGGGUCCCGGCAGACUGGAAACUCUUAGGAAUGCCACCAUACAGGCGAUGUCUAACCUGCUCAGUGCUAACAUCGAUUCUGGCCUCAUGCAUAGCAUUGACCUAGGCUACCACCGUGACUUGCAAACCCGAGCAGCGUUCAUGGAAGUGUUAACGAAAAUCCUGCAACAAGGGACAGAGUUCGAUACCCUGGCCGAGACCGUGCUAGCGGAUAGAUUCGAACAGUUGGUGCAGCUGGUCACCAUGAUCUCCGAUAAGGGUGAAUUACCAAUAGCAAUGGCGUUAGCCAACGUUGUGUCGACGUCACAAAUGGACGAGCUGGCGCGGGUGUUCGUCACGCUGUUUGACGCUAAACAUCUGCUGGCGCCGCUGCUAUGGAACAUCUUCUACAGGGAAGUCGAGGUAUCAGAUUGUAUGCAGACGCUGUUUCGUGGUAACUCCCUCGGCAGCAAGAUAAUGGCGUUCUGCUUCAAGAUAUACGGCCAUGGAUAUUUGCAGUCGUUGUUGGAGCCGCUGAUAUCUUCACUACUGGAUCAGGCCGAGAGCCAACCAGACCUUAGCUUCGAAGUGGACCCUGCGAGACUGGACCCCAAUCAGGACAUAGAGUUGAACCGCUGCAACUUAACCGACCUGACGAAAGAGGUGUUCGAUAGGAUCGUCAACUCGGCCGACAAGUUCCCGCCUCAGCUUCGGAGCAUGUGCCACUGUUUAUACCAGGUGUUGAGCAAGAGGUUCGCUCAGUUCCCGCAGACCAGCGUGGGCGCUGUCGGCACUGUAUUAUUUUUGAGGUUCAUCAACCCGGCCAUUGUGUCGCCGCAAGAGAUGGGCAUAGUGUCGCGCGCAGUGCCGACGAGCGUGCGCCGCGGCCUGAUGCUGCUGUCCAAGAUCCUGCAGAACAUCGCCAACCACGUGGAGUUCUCCAAGGAGCAGCACAUGCUGCCCUUCAACGACCUGCUGCGGGCGCACUUCGAGCAGGGCCGCAAGUUCUUCAUACAAAUAGCAUCGGACUGCGAAAGCAUAGACCAGACGUCCCACAACCUAUCAUUCAUCAGCGACGCCAACGUGGUAGCGCUGCACAGACUACUGUGGAACCACCAGGAGAGGAUCGGGGACUAUCUGUCGUGCAGUCGAGACCAUAAGGCUGUCGGGAGACGACCUUUUGACAAGAUGGCGACUCUGCUAGCUUAUUUGGGACCUCCAGAACACAAACCGGUAGAAUCCACAUCUGGUCUCCUAUUCUCAUCGUACGCCCGCUGGUCCUCAAUAGACAUGUCGUCGACCAACUUCGAGGAGUUCAUUGUGAAACACAACAUGCACGAAAAAGAGGAGUUCAAGAGUAUCAAGAGUCUGAAUAUCUUCUACCAGGCCGGCACCAGUGCGCUCGGGAACCCUAUGUUUUAUUUCAUAUCUAGGAGAUACAAAAUCGGCGACAUAAACGCGGACCUGCUGAUCUACCACGUGAUACUGACGCUCAAGCCGUUCUGCCAACAGCCAUUCGAACUCAUCGUCGACUUCACUCACACCAGCUCUGACAAUCGAUUCAGGACGGAUUUCCUACAGAAGUGGUUCACAGUACUACCGGACGUGGCGUAUAUCAACAUCCACGCGUGCUACAUCUACAACUGUAACAGCUGGGUACGGGAAUAUACCAAGUUCCAUGAGGCGAUACUAGCGCCACUGCGGGGCAACCGCAAACUGAUCUUCAUAGACAACCACAGUCGACUGAGCGAGUAUGUGGAGAUAGAACAACAGAAACUGCCCGGAGCCACUCUAGCCUUAGAAGAGGAUCUCAAAGUGUUUAACAAUGCACUCAAAUUGUCACAUAAAGACACUAAAGUUGCUAUUAAGGUGGGGCCAACAGCUUUGCAGAUCACAUCGGUAGAGAAGACGAAAGUCUUGGGUCUACCUGUUCUACUCAAUGAUGUGUACUAUGCCUCGGAAAUAGACGAGGUUUGCCUAGUGGAUGACAACCAGUUUUCUUUAUCGAUCAUCAACGAAGCGACACCGCUUAGUUUCAUACACAACGACUGUGACAACAUAGUGCAGAGCAUCAUACAUAUUAGAAACCGCUGGGAAUUGAGUCAGCCGGAUUCCGUGACGGUCCACCAAAAAAUCCGUCCGAAAGACGUCCCAGGCACAUUACUCAACAUGGCGCUUCUGAACUUGGGCUCCUGUGAUCCCAACUUACGAACAGCUGCUUACAAUCAGCUGUGUGCUUUAACUGCCACAUUCCAUCUGAAAAUCGAAGGCCAACUAUUAGAGACUUCAGGUUUAUGCAUCCCUUCUAACAACACGAUCUUCAUCAAGUCAGUCAGUGAGAAACUCGCGCACAAUGAGCCCCAUCUCACCUUGGAAUUCUUGGAAGAAUGUAUACAGGGUUUUAGAGGUUCCACAAUAGAACUGAAACAUUUGUGUCUGGAAUACAUGACGCCAUGGCUGGCUAACUUGGUUAGAUUCUGCAAGCCGUCAGACGAAUCUCGUCGCCAGAAGCAAGUAGCCCAAAUCCUGGAGAAACUGAUAACUCUCACGAUAGAGGAGACGGAGAUGUACCCCUCAGUGCAAGCCAAAAUUUGGGGCUCCAUCGGACAAGUGCCCGAACUCAUUGACAUGGUGUUGGAUAGCUUCAUACAGAGGAGUGUUAAUUCUGGGCUGGGCUCACCAAUGAUAGAGAUAAUGGCAGAUACAGCAGUGGCCCUAGCUUCGGCCAACGUUCAACUGGUGUCCAAGAAGGUCAUCGGGCGAAUGUGCAGGGCCCUAUCCAAACUGCCUAAUAAUAUCCUGGGUCCCGUCACCCCGGCCACAGUUGUGGACAAGACGUGUCACUCGCCGACCGCCAUGCUGGAGCAGCAUAUGAUGUGGGACGACAUCGCUAUCUUGGCCAGAUAUUUGUUGAUGCUCUCGUUCAACAACUGUCUAGACGUCGCCCGCCACUUGCCAUACUUAUUCCACACCGUGACUUUCCUCGUGUGCUCCGGAACGGUGUCCAUGAGAGCGGCGACACACGGCCUAGUGGUCAACAUCAUACACUCUUUGUGUACUUGUAACACACCUAGCUUCACGGAGGAAACUCAACGCGUCUUAAUGCUUUCCCUGGACGAGUUCGCGCUACCUAAGUUUUAUCAGAUGUUCGGCAUAUCUAAAGUGAAGUCAGCCGCUGUUACUGCCUUCCGAAGCGUUUAUAACAGACACACGAGUGACUGCAGGUACUCGGAGCACUCGUACUCCGCGUGCGCGGAGCCGUCGUCGUCGAGCGGCGCGGGGGCGGGCGCGGGGGCGGGGGCGGGGGCGGGGGCGGGCGCGGGGGCGCUGGCGUCGGACCGCGAGCGGCUGCCGCUGCAGUCGCUGGAGACCAUCACGGACGCGCUGCUCGAGAUCAUGGAGGCCUGCAUGCGGGACAUACCCGGCUGCGACUGGCUUUGCACUUGGACCUCGCUAGCUAAAAGCUUCGCGUUCUGUUUCAACCCCGCGCUGCAGCCCCGGGCGCUCAUCGUGUUCGGUUGCAUCAGUAAAAACGUGUCGGACGACGACAUGAAGCAACUCCUCAGGAUCCUGGUGAAGGCGCUGGAGUCGUUCAACGACCUCGCGUUAUUGGAAGCCCUCAUCAUGUGUUUGACUAGACUGCAACCUUUGUUACAUCCGGAAUCUCCCAUUCACACAGCGUUGUUCUGGGUGGCACUAUCAGUGUUGCAACUGGACGAGCCCACGCUGUACGCGGCGGGGCUGGCCCUCAUGGAGCAAAACUUGCACACGCUGGACUCUCAGGGACAGUUUGACAACAAGACCUUGGAACAAGUGAUGAUGGAGACCAGGGAGCCUCUGGAAUGGCACUUCAAGCAAAUGGACCACGCUGUCGGCCUCAGUUUCCGGUCAAAUUUCCACUUCGCCCUCGUGGGCCACCUGAUCAAGGGCUACCGGCACCCGCUGGCGGCCACCGUGUCCCGCACGUGCCGCGUGCUGGCCUCGCUGCUGGCCAUCACCGCACGCCGGGACAGGGACAAGUUUGCUGUCACCGCUGAGACUGUGGCGUACCUCACUGCUCUGGUUUGCGUGAGCGAGGAAGUGCGGUCGCGCUGUCACGUCAAGCAUUCGCUGCCCAAGUGGUUACCGGAGACGUGCGACCACUACUGCGUCACUGAACAUGACCACCAUCAGACGCCGGCGCCGGCGCCGACGCCGGGACGCCGACAGAAGUCCUGGGACGUGCUGGACCAGGCCGCCAUCUCCUCGGUUCAUGGAGGCAAGUCUCCAACACUGCAACAGUGCAGCAGCGGCGGCCACAGCCCCCACUUGGUCUCCAUGACGCAUCAGACAUCGGCUAGAAUGCUUUUCAAGACCCAACGUUCGUUUUCUGUGCCCACCUCCAAAGACACAAUCGGACCACCGAGGGACAGCGAAGGCCGCGCACACAGCAUGCAGCACGGCGCCGCUGGAGACGCCGCCAGAUCUGAACAUGGAGGCGAUGCCGACAGUGGCCUGGAUUAUAACAUACUCGGUCAGGUGGUGGACGACGACGGGCGUAUCUCUCCGGGCAGCAUUGACGAGGGCACCGAGCGCCCUUCUUCCACCAAAUCGGGCGACAGCGAUUACCCUGAGACCUCCACUAAGCAAGCAUCGACAGAUAAAGACUCGACAUCACCAGAUUCCAACAGUCUUUUGGAUCCAUCUGUGUUAUCGGACUUCACCACUCAAGCAUUGGUGCUGACCGUGCUAGCCACGUUGGUGAAGUACACCACAGAUGAAGACGAAAUUAGAAUACUGUACCAGUACCUAGCUGAGGGUUCCGUUGUGUUUCCUAAAGUGUUCCCAGUCAUUCACAGUCUGCUGGACAUGAAGAUCAACCACGUGUUGAUGCACUGUCACGACCAGGUCAUACUCAGCGCAGUGCAGAGCAUCAUACAGAAUAUGAUAGCGUCAGAGGACGCGAGCCAGCAGCAACUGCACUACAUGCAAAGCUGUGGUUUCGGAGGCCUGUGGCGGUUCGCGGGGCCAUUUACAAAGCAAAACCAAUGCACGGCGGAAAGCAGCGAGCUGUUCGUGAACUGCCUGGAGGCCAUGGUGGAGACCUGCCUGCCCGGCGCCGACGAGCCGCGCGCGCGCGCCGCGCCGCCCGACCCCGACUGCGACAGAUAUACUGGUGUACACCGCCAGCCCACGCUGUAUUGCUCCAGUUCGGACACAUAGCGAAAAAGCAAAACCCGCAACUUCGCUACAAACACAUUGUAGUCACACGCGGAUGUUUAUACGAAAUUGAUCUUUACGACGUUUAGUAUAAGAGUUGUUUUGUUGCAACGCUUUCUAAAGAUUUUAUCUUAGUGCCAGUACAAAUAUGGAGAAGCGUGUAUGCAAUUUUGAUCUCUACAGUAUUGAAAAUAAGAACUGUAUUACAACGCUUUUAAAAUACUGCAAUUUAUGAGAGUAAAAAAAAUACUUGGAAUCGUUUAUACGAAUUUGAUCUUAAAGAUGUUCUUGAUCUUUAAUAUUUUGGCAAAUUGUCAAAAAAUCUUUUAAGGUUAAUAUAUACCUUAUUUUAAGCGUCUUGACCCAAAAUGUCCUUUUCUCGAAAUGUCCUUUCUCAUAAUGUCCUUUUCUCAAAAUGUCAUUUUAAUAAAAAAAAACUGUUUUAAUCAAUCGCUUAUCUAAAUAUUAUCAUCAAAAACACACAAAGACAUUUUGAAAAAAGGACAUUGUGAGAAAAAAGACAUUUUGCGCCAAGACGAUUUUAAGUUCCUAAAUAGGCGUGAUAUAAAGCACUAUUAGUUUAAGUGUUCUUUUACGAGAACAAUAUUAACAUAAGGUCUAUUCGGUGACGCCUACCAUGAUAAUAUAACUGCAAUUUUUAAAUAAACUGGAUUGACUUUUCAUGCCUAUAAACGCUCUCUAUUAGCCCCAUAUUGCGACAAAGUUAGUUAAAAUUUAAAUAUUCAUCUCUGGUUUUGUGGAGUGUGUCACUGGUUUGACGCAUAAUGUACAAUACGCAAAAUGAGCACUACGCAAAAUGGCAAAUUUUAUGUAACAGAACGCUUUUUUGCAGUUAUUAUUAAAAAAUACCGAAAAAGUGCUUAUUGUGUAUAUUCGCGAAAUUUCCACAAUAUGAUGACCUGUAGGUAGACGGACUAUGAUACGUCAAACCAAAUUUUGCGUUUUUGUCUUUAUUUAAUAGAUAAAAGUAUGCUUGGUGCUUUAAUUUGGGUGUUACGCAUUUGUGGUGCACAAUAUAUUUUAACCAUCGCACGAAUUAGUUGUUUAGUGUAGUUGUAGCCUGUCUGGCCUGUAUUUAACGUAAAUUGCUUAAGUUAGGAAAAUACAAAAUAUUUUUGUUACUUAAUCAACUUAAUAUGAAAAGAAGGUAUUGCCUAUUUUUUCUUACUUAAUCUUCACAGUACUUGUAAUUGGUUUUUGUUUUUUUUUCUAAAGUAAAUAUUUUAUAAACCACGAAAGCAAUAUCCAAAAAGUCUAUUUUGAUUUAAGUUAUUUCUGUAAAAUUAUAAUAAGACUAAUGAAAAAACCUGUGUGAUGGGCACCUUGCCUAGGGGGCCUACUUUGGAUAUUUUAAAUUUAUUUUUUGAAUUAUUUAUAAGUUAUUUAAAGUUAGAUAGUUUUUAUGAUUCAGAAUGAUUUAAUAUGUGAUUAAAAUAAAAUGUCGUGACUUCCAAAAAUGAAAAAAGGAGUUUACCAAUCGCGACUUCCACCUUAAGAGUUUAUUGUAGUUAGUGUUAAUAUGAAAUGCAGAUGUGUUUAUGUUUGUAUAUGUAUUAUGUAUGUAUACUAUAGAGACCUAAUUACGCGAUUUUGACUGGAAAAACUGAAGUUGAAUGCUUUUGUUUCCUUUUUUUAAAUGCAAUUAACUUUUAGCUUUGAAAAAACUCGCAUGGUCACGUAAAAAGUAAAGUUUUUUAUUAAUGUUAGUUGAAAUUAAACGCGCUUAUUUAUUAAAGGAUGCAACUUCAGGGCUUCAGGUAGAUCAAACGUUUCGUAGAUCAAAAGCUAAAUGAUUUACUUUCGCCGAAUUUUUAUUAAAAAAUAAUUAUGUCACUAUAAUAUUUAUCGUUUAAGGCGAAGAGAAAAAUUGUACAAAUUUUAUUAAUCUUUAUAUUAAAAAUAUUUUUACCCAUGACAUAAGUAAACUAUAAUUUGACCUCGAACAUAUAGUGCCAAUAUAUGAAAAUAACCCCUUGAAAGAUCACUAAUGGAUGAAAUCAAAGAUCUGAAUAAAAGUUGGCCUAAUAUAGAACAGUGAUAGACUGUCUACCCCAUAGCUUUACAGCCUAUUUAAAAAUAUUAGUAUUUUCAAGCAGAACUCUAUACGUUGUUGUAAAUAUUAUUGUCUUGUUCUUGUCAGUGUUUUAAAGGUAUAUGUUGUUUCAGUGUAGUUGUAAAUACAUAAUUUUAUGUAAAAAAACUGAGCUUAGGUAUACUGUUAUUUAUAUUUUUGAACUAGCUCUUGCCCGCGGCUUCGCCCGCGUGAAUUUCAUAGCAAAAUCUCAGUAAUUUUUUAUCGCGUACUCUGCAAGACUGGUAAACAUAUAUGAUUCAAAUUCGCAUUUUUUUUCUCAUCUUUAGUUCCAUUUCCUGUUUCCCGAGUUGUUGUUGAGUAUUGAGUGUCUCACCCCGCAAUCGUGUCCAAUCCCGCUUUCUGCUAUUUAAUGUAGAUAUCCCGUACAUAUUAUGUGCCAUUAUGUUUUUCGCAAAGUGUCCCGUUUCCCUACUACGUGUCUCCUUCCCAUUUCCCACUCCGACUCCCACUCCCGCUUUCUGCUAUUUAAUGUAGAUAUCCCAUAUAUAUUAUGUGCCAUUAUGUUUUUCGCAAAGUGUCCCGUUUCCCUACUACGUGUCUCCUUCCCAUUUCCCAAUCCGACUCCCACUCCCGCUUUCUGCACCGCGUGCCGUCCCAUUUUCCAUAGGUAUACUGUUAUUUAUAUUUUUGAACUAGCUCUUGCCCGCGGCUUCGCCCGCGUGAAUUUCAUAGCAAAAUCUCAGUAAUUUUUUAUCGCGUACUCUGCAAGACUGGUAAACAUAUAUGAUUCAAAUUCGCAUUUUUUUUCUCAUCUUUAGUUCCAUUUCCUGUUUCCCGAGUUGUUGUUGAGUAUUGAGUGUCUCACCCCGCAAUCGUGUCCAAUCCCGCUUUCUGCUAUUUAAUGUAGAUAUCCCGUACAUAUUAUGUGCCAUUAUGUUUUUCGCAAAGUGUCCCGUUUCCCUACUACGUGUCUCCUUCCCAUUUCCCACUCCGACUCCCACUCCCGCUUUCUGCUAUUUAAUGUAGAUAUCCCGUAUAUAUUAUGUGCCAUUAUGUUUUUCGCAAAGUGUCCCGUUUCCCUACUACGUGUCUCCUUCCCAUUUCCCACUCCGACUCCCACUCCCGCUUUCUGCACCGCGUGCCGUCCCAUUUUCCAUGACGUUUUACGUCUCGGUUUUUUAUUAACCACAAACGUAAAUUAAACAUUUUUUGUAUUUACUAUUACUGUUAUUUUCUACAAAAUUUUAAAGUAAAUCGGCUCCGUGGAUUUUUAUUUUAAUUUUCCUACAGGACCCUCCUCAUUUUCCGGGAUGAAAUGUAUAUAAGAUGUUAACCCGGGAUUCCGAGGAAUUUUUGAUUCAUAUCAUAAUUAGUUUUUCAAUUAUACUACGGGAACCUGACCAUUUACCGGGAUGAAAUUUAUCUAAUUUUCCCACAUGACCCCUCAUAUUCCGGGAUGAAAUGAAAUGUCUAUAAGAUGUUAACCCGGGAUCCCGAGGUAUUUUUGAUUCAUAAUUAGUUUUUCAAUUAUCCUACGGGAACCUGACCAUUUACCGGAAUGAAAUGUAUCUAAGAUGUUAACCCGGUAUAUAAGGUACCUACAUACCAAAUUUCAAGCAAAUCGCUCCAGUAGAUUUCGAGUAAUGCGCGUUCAGACAGACAGACAGACAAAAAUUUCCAAAACUAUAUUUUCGUCAUCUAUAUCAGUAACUAAGUAUAUUCCAUGAAGAAUUUAAAAAAUAUAUCUAAUGUACAAAUUUGGCCUUUCUUCAAUUUUAUUAUAUGUAUUGAUUAUUAGACUUUUUGCUAACAUUUUUAUUUAUAAAUAGUUAAAUCAUGCUAAUGUUUUUUAUGUAAACUGUUUUUGUGUCGACGAAUUUUAAAUAUAUACAAAUAAGUUUGGCGCAUAAUGUCCAAUUCUCAAAAUGUGAAUUUAACUUCAGAAAAUAGCUUACCUUACUAGAUUUGAGAUUAGAUCGAUGAUUAAAAUAUUUCCAUGGAAUCAAAAGUUGUUGUAUCAGUCCAUAUAAACUUUAUUAAUUUCUUUGCCAUGCAAUUUUGCAGUAUUACUAUUAUAUAAGAAAUAUGAAUUUUAUCAGCUAGUUAAAUGGAAAUAAUAUAUGUGAAAAAUGUUUUAUCUUUUGAUGUAUUAAAAACAUAUAUGUACAUUUU